CUCCGCUGUGCAGCUGAGCGGAGUCGGGCUGGGACGUCUGUUCUGACCGCGGCGGGCACCAGCUGGUCUCAGCGGUGCUCUGGGGCCAGGUGCCUGCUGGCCAUUGUCUAGGCAGGUGUGUGCAAGCCAAAGAAACAUGAGGACGCUGGAAGAUUCCUCAGGGACAGUCCUGCACCGCCUCAUCCAGGAGCAGCUGCGCUACGGCAACCUGGCGGAGACACGCACACUGCUGGCCAUCCAACAGCAGGCCCUGCGGGGUGGGGCUGCAGCUGGGGGCUCCCUGGAGAUCUUGGCACCUGAGGACAAUCAGGGGCUCCAACAGGCCACUAGGCAAGAGCCCCAGGGCCAGGAGCACCAGGGUGGUGAAACCCACCUGGCAGAGAACACCUUCUACCGGCUGUGCUCACAGCCCAGCAAGGGCGAAGAGCUGCCCACCUAUGAGGAGGCCAAAGCCCACUCUCAGUACUAUGCCGCCCAGCAGGCGGGGUCUCGCCCGCAGGUCGGGGACCGGGAUCCUCGCGGGGCCCCAGGAGGCACCCGGCGGCAGGAUGAAGCUCUGCGGGAGCUGCGGCAUGGGCACGUGCGCUCCCUGAGUGAAAGGCUCCUGCAGCUGUCCCUGGAGAGAAAUGGAGCCCGGGCCCCCAGCCACAUGAGCUCCUCCCACAGCUUCCCACAGCUGGCGCGCAGCCAACAGGGUCCCCCACCCAGGGGCUCCCCUGCUGAGGGCCCAGAGCCCCGUGGGCCCCCACCUCAGUACCCACAUGUUGUGCUGGCCCACGAGACCACUGCUGUCACUGACCCGAGGUAUCGCGCCCGCAACAGCCCACACUUCCAGCAUGCGGAAGUCAGGAUCCUGCAGGCCCAGGUACCUCCCGUGUUCCUCCAGCAGCAGCAACAGCAGUACCAGUACCUGCAGCAGCCCCAGGAGCACUCCCCGCCCCCACCCCCUCAUCCAGCCGCCCUUGGUCAUGGACCCUUGGGCUCUGCCAAUCCACCUGGGGUGGGAGGACCAGCGAGUGCCCAAGCCUCGUCAGCCACCUCGGGCAGUGCCCACCUUGCCCAGAUGGAGGCCGUGCUGAGGGAGAAUGCCAGGUUACAGAGGGAUAACGAGAGGCUGCAGAGGGAGCUGGAGAGCUCAGCAGAGAAGGCAGGCCGCAUUGAGAAGCUGGAGAGUGAGAUCCAGCAGCUCUCAGAGGCUCAUGAGAGUCUGACAAGGGCCUCUUCCAAGCGUGAGGCCCUGGAGAAGACCAUGAGGAACAAGAUGGAUAGUGAAAUGAGGCGGCUACAGGAUUUCAACCGCGAUCUUAGAGAGAGAUUGGAGUCUGCAAACCGCCGCCUGGCGAGCAAGACACAGGAGGCCCAAGCCGGCAGUCAGGACAUGGUGGCCAAGCUGCUUGCUCAGAGCUACGAGCAGCAACAGGAGCAAGAGAAGCUGGAGAGGGAGAUGGCGCUGCUGCGCGGUGCCAUCGAGGACCAGCGGCGGCGUGCGGAGCUGCUGGAACAGGCUCUGGGCAAUGCUCAGGGUCGUGCAGCGCGUGCUGAGGAGGAGCUGCGCAAGAAGCAGGCCUAUGUGGAGAAGGUGGAGCGGCUGCAGCAGGCGCUUGGGCAGCUGCAAGCGGCCUGCGAGAAGCGGGAGCAACUGGAACUACGUCUACGGACGCGCCUAGAGCAGGAACUCAAGGCCCUGCGCGCACAGCAGAGACAGACGGGCACCCACAGUAGUGGUGGCAGCAGUGGUGGUUCCCCAGAGCUCAGUGCCCUGCGACUCUCAGAACAGCUGCGAGAGAAGGAGGAACAGAUCCUGGCGCUGGAGGCCGACAUGACCAAGUGGGAGCAGAAGUAUUUGGAGGAACGUGCCAUGAGGCAGUUUGCCAUGGAUGCUGCCGCCACCGCAGCUGCCCAGCGGGACACUACUCUCAUCCGACACUCCCCCCAGCCCUCGCCCAGCAGUAGCUUCAAUGAGGGCCUGCUUGCAGGUGGCCACAGACAUCAGGAGAUGGAAAGCAGGUUAAAGGUGCUCCAUGCCCAGAUCCUGGAGAAAGAUGCAGUGAUAAAGGUCCUUCAGCAGCGGUCCAGGAAAGACCCUGGCAAGGCCCCCCAGGGCUCCCUGCGGCCCGCCAAGUCAGUGCCAUCUAUCUUUGUGGCUGCAGCAGCAGGGACCCAGGGCUGGCAAGGACUUUCAUCAAGUGAGCGGCAAGCAGAUGCCCCCACCCAGCUGACUAUAGACAGGGCACCGUCGGAGGAGACAGCAGCUACAGCUCCUCUCCCUGCCCAUACCAAACAUGGGAGCAGAGAUGGGAGCACCCAGACGGAUGGCCUGCCAGACAGCACCUCUACCUGCCUGGCACCAGAGCCCGAUGGCCUGCUAGGGUUCAGCAGUGGCCAAAAGGCAACCUCUCUGGACUCCAUAGCAACAUCCCGAGUCCAGGAUUUGUCGGACAUGGUGGAGAUACUGAUCUGAAGGAGGUGGGGCCUUGAGGACCCUCAACCUCUCCCUCUCCUCCCCUGCCCUUGGCCAUUCCAGCAGCUCCUUCUUCAACUGCUGCUUCCCCGCUUUCCCCAUCCAAUGACCAUCUGGUCCUGAGAGCUCAGGAAGGAGUGCUGUAGGGGAGAAGGGAGCUGAGAGAGACCAGCUCCCUAGAAGACUGCUUCUUAGUCCAUACUCCUUCCCUGCCCAUGAAGAAUAAGGAUUCACCCUCUGCCUGCUGCCCAGGGCUAGCAGUUGGGGUAGCAACUAAGAGCCCAGAAAGGAACUGAGCCCACUCUGACCUGCCACCUGCCACUUGGCACUCAGGCAGGGAAGGAGAGGGGAUGUGUUGGUUUUGGGGGCUGAUUGCCCAGGGUAGCUGCCCAUGGGCAUCAGUGGGGCUGGUUCAUGAAUCAAGCCAGCCAUGUUCUUUGGCUAAGUGUGGUCCCAGCCAACCUCGUCUGCUCUCCAGUUCUUCACUGUCAUCUUGGGAUCGCUGCACCUUGAGUCUUUGGGGGACUGUUGAGGAUGUGAGUCCUGUGGAAGCCACAGUCUCAUCCCUCCUCAGUUAAGAGUGGGUUGGGGCCAUUUGAGUGGCCUGGGAGACAGUUUCCAGUUUGUAAAUAAUUCCCUUUUUUGUGGAACAGAAAAUCGAGGCAUGCCGGUUCUGAUUUGUCUUCAGGGGUGGUGUUUCCCUGUCCCUGCUGCCACAGUUCCUGAAAACUUCUGACUGGCUUCCCAAUUGUUAUUCCUUCUCAAGUUCUUGGUCCAUGGAUUUUGAUGCUGGUUGUUUCAUGGGACAUUGGCUGCCUGUCCUUCCAUCUGGAGCCCUGUAUCAAAUGCCCAUGGGAUCCCCACCAUCAACCUGUUGAAAUGGCUCCACAACUCCCGUCCCUGGGACAUCCUGUCAGUUUGAUUAUAAAUUGAGCCAGAGGAAAUGAGCCACCACACAUAGACAACUGCCAUGCCACUUGUAGAUGAAGGUGGCCCCACCCAGCACCAGUUCUCUGAGGAAGCUGGAGUUAUCUUGUUCUCAUACUGUUGUCUGUUCUCACCUGGAGGGAUUGGGAGAGGAUACUGUGCUGUUGAAGACUAGUCAGUGAGCUACAAGAUGUGACUUGACAUGGAGCCUCCAUCACAAAAUGGCGCCCACGAGGCUGGCUCCUCACGUGACCCAUGCGCAGCCCCCAGGCAGGGCCAGAUACUUUGAAACUAGAGUGAAACGUCCCGCAUGGCAGCCUGCAGCAGCAGAGAUUUUUGACUUUGGUCUUAAAAGUCCUCCAAUUCAGUUCAGUAGUGAUUGGUGGGUUUUAGCAGUUGUCUUUACUGUUUUCAGUUCUUGAAUAUUUGUCUUUUUUUUUUUCCUUUCUUGUUUUUUAGUUCUGUAUGUGUUUGUUUCAUUUCCAUGUUCCCCAAGUUAUCUUUUUAAACAUUUGCAUUUGCUGGACAAUUGCAUAUUUUUUUAAUUCCCUAACCCCUGAAAAAUACAUUUGGUUCAUGUGCAUUGUUUACAAAGCAAAAAAAGAAAAAGAGGAAAAAAAAAAAACAACAAAAAUAUCAUGAAAGGAAAA